AUGUCAAAUUUUACAAAUACUGAAGAUAUAUCAUUCAUUAAUUUUUAUCCGGAUAUGCAAAACAACCAAACAAAAAGGGUGACUAAUCUGGAUUAUAUUUUUGUUGAUAAUGACAAUGCUCAUUUUUGUCGAAAGACAGAAUCACACUUUAACUUGUUUAAACAACCGUUGGUAGAAUGUACUCUUGAAUUAUCAACUUGGAGAUUGGAUCAACAAUUACUUGAAGUUUCCAGUAUUACAAAAGAAAUUCAACAAAAGCUAACCAGCAUAAGUAAAGUUACAGCUUCGGAGUGGAAUAACAUUAAGAUGCAUAUUCAAUCCAUAUUUCGCACACACCCGGCCCUCAAAAAAACUAUGCAAAAAAAGUUAAAUAAAAAAACAAGCAACACAAUUCUUAAUAAAUUAUUUUCAGAUCUUGAUAUUGAUUUAACUCAUUUAAACCCUGAAAUAAAAGAAGAAUUAAUUAAAGAUGGAUGGAUAAAAGGCAAGGAAAAGUCAACAUUAAAAAUACGAGAUCCAUCAUCCCCUUCAGAAAACCCUGCUGAUAUUUUGAUAUAUAUAAAAAAUCAUUAUAAAAAAUUAUUUGAAAAAAAAUCUAAUGAUUUUUCUGUUGCAAAUAUAAUAACAAACAACUUACCAAAAGUUACACCAGGUCAAAAUCAAUUAUUGACAAAGGAAAUUACAGUUGAGGAAAUUUCUGAAGCAAUCACCAAUUUAAAAGCCGGAAAAGCACCCGGAAUUGAUGGGUUAACUCAUGAGUUUUAUAAACAUUUUCAAAAUGAACUUAUUCCUAUUUUGAAACAAGUUUUUAAUGAAAUUUUAAGUACCUCGUUAAAUUCAAUACUACCAGAGGAUAAGUAUCCUGAGCUUGAAGAAAACCAACAAAAUAGAGUCUUGGGAUUCUAUAUUGAUAAAAAAGGACGAAAUGCAAAGGAUUUAUGGCAAAAAAAGAUCAAGGAUAUUGAAGAAGCUAUACAUAAAGUAGACAAAAUAAACAAAAGUACAAAUGAAAAGAAACUUUCAUCUGAAGGUAGAAAACAAAUUGUAAGGACUUUCUUGUCAAAAAUUUGGCAUACAUCUUAUCUUCAACCUCCCACCAAUAGAGAAAUUAUAAAAUUAAGUACCAUUAUAGCACAAUGGAUUAAUUAUAAAUGUUUGACAAGAAAUGAUAUAUUUAAUCAGCUUAAAGAUAUGUUUAAUGCAAGAUUAGGAAUAAUUUGGAUAAAACUAUUAUCUAGUGACUGUUUGUGGGCAAACGAAGAAAGGAAGUCUAUUGAAACAAAUUUAUUUUGCAAAAUGUCCAUAUCAGCAGCAAUUAAUUCAAUCGAUUCAUAUGUAUGGCCUUCAAAAUGGAGACCAUAUUUUAUAGCUUGGAAAAGAUUAAAUGGGAAAGUUCCAUUAGCUGGUUCUUGGCCAUGGAAUCAAAAUUUAAUCGAAAUAGCAGGCAUCAAAGCAGAUGAAUAUUCAGUAAUGUUUGCAGUCGAAUAUUUAGAAAAAAUUCGAAAAUAUUCACGAUGUUCAAAACAUCCCAAACGUCUCAAAU